AUGGAGUCGGCUACGGGGCAACGUAACAAGUUAGCAGAGGCCUUCCCCGCGGUGCCGUGUGAGGAAUUCAAUCCGCACUUCAAUCAGAGCGCCAGUAGGGAGCAGCCGGAGGUGCCGCGAGCUGCAGGAGUUCAAGCGGCGGUUCUGCAGAUUUCGUUAGGGUUUCUCAACUACCGCUGGCGUUGUGCGGAGGGCUUGUAUUAUCAGCAGCACAGACGCCACGUACUAAGGGAUGUGCAACUGUUCUCUCAAGUUCAUGCAGCUGUUUACACGGCCUACCCGGUGUCCACCGCCGUGCUGAAGGGCGACACAGUCGUCCUACCGUGCUCAUUCAGCGGGCUGUCCGGCAGUGACGUCGUGGUGUGGGAGGGACCACCCAACUUCCGCACGAUCGCCACCGGACGGACGGUCUUCAAGUCGUACAACCGGCACAGGAUCGUGGGUGACGUGUCGAGAGGAGAGUUCAACCUGGAGAUCAGACGUGUGAGUCUGGAGGACGGGGGAGGGUACAGGUGUACUGCGUCAUCAGCAGAUGCUUCUGAUGAUGCCGUGCUGACUGUCAUCGAGCCAAUGCCUGCAGCCCCUGAAGUGACAGGUGGGGAAUACCCCGUCACCGCCGGAAGUGAACUCAUGCUGAGAUGUAGGUCAAGGGGAGGACAUCCGGUGCCGACACUAAGCUGGUACAACGGUACACACCUACAGAAAUCGACAAAUGUGAAACUGGACGUGGAUGGCGGGCAGGUUAGUGCAAAUCUCGCGAUAUCUCGUCUCGAGAAGUGGGACAAUGGCGUGAACAUGACGUGUGUGGCGGACCAGGGGUUCCCCAAACUGGUCCAACAACGGGCGGCGUCAAGAACCAUCCGUGUUAAUUAUCCACCCAGCGUGCUCGUGCCUGCACCGUCUGUUCACGUCAUCGAGGGAGCAUCUGCCAAUCUGACAUGCGCAGUGGACAGCAAUCCGUCCGCCAUUGUGAGCUGGCGACGUCACGGGGACCCUUUGCCACUGAAGGGUCUGGAAAACGGCCCGAGUUUCCUCCUGUCCAAGGUAUCCCGACACGACGCUGGAGUGUACCAGUGCACGGCAGACAACAGUGUGUCCCCGCCGGGGUACGGGACUGUCACACUGGACGUUCUCUAUCCUCCAUGGAUAGACCCAGCGAUGGACGAGAAAGUCACGGUUCUGAACGCGCAAGAUGAUUUCACCCUGGAAUGCCUCGCCGAAGGCAAACCCAAGCCGACGGUGAAGUGGCGGCGGAAGGAUACAAGUCUGUAUUGGGAAAACCCUCUCCGGUUCCACCGGGUGCGCUAUGAUGUGCAGGGAACGUACGAGUGUAUAGCAAGCAGCCCGGGCUUCGAGCAAGUCAAGAGACAGACCUUCAUUGAUGUAGUUGGAAAACCCCACAUUCGCGGGUCUGCCUCCACCACAGCCACAGUUACUAGAGGCGGUGCUAUACGUCUGGUCUGUGACGUGGUGGCGGAUCCUCUCCCAAACCAGAUCAAGUGGGUACUGCGGAACAACCAAGGGAUCGAGGAGGAGCUCAGUUCUGUCGACGAAGACGUGGAAAUUAUCGAGACAAAGUCAGACCAAGAGAUGUCGUCCUCUAUCACUGUGAGAAACGUGGGGAGUGACCGAGAAGGGACGUAUCUGUGCAAGGGUACAAACAUGUUUGGGACUGCGCACAGGGAGAUACAGGUAGAUCUGACAGUAGCUUCUCAGCAGCCCAUGACCAUCAUAGUGGUGUCCGUGCUGGCUGUGGUAGUUCUGGUGGCGAUGCUGACUCUCUCCUUCAUUAUAGCCGUCAGGAAGGGGUGGAUAUGUGAACAAAAGUUCUCAGACACAGCCGGUACACCUAUGGCGCCACGGCCGAUGCCACCUGCGCCGAAGUACGCUAAGAAGACCCGCACUGGUACGAACGACUCCGGGGUGGAGGACCUGAUGGAGCUACAGGAGCUGGACGGCACGCUGAAACCACGCCCACCGCCCAGGGCUGACAAGGAGUGGACGUCUGUCGGACUCUCCUACCCAGGGCUGGUUCACUCCAGUUCCCUGCCGCCGUAUUCCACCGUGGAGAGAGACAGACCAGACGGAGAGGACACCCGGCCCUCCUCACGGAUCAUAGAGGAGGACUGGGCUGUGAUGGAGCCUCCGGUGCCGCCGCCGAAGGAUGGCGCCAGACGGCUGCUGCGGAAAGACAUCGCCCGCCUGGAUGUUGUCGACGAGCGCCAACCGGGAAGCUGCGAGAUCUUCUGAUCGGUCUUAACACUUAUUAAUAAGAUAACACCUUCAAGGCUCUCGAGCAUGACGCUCGCCUGUCUCAGUGUCUGUAUUGAUUUUGGUGGGAUCUUUCUUAUUAAGGCUAUUAUUACUUACGUUAAUUAUUCUGUGCUGCUAGUCUUGUAUCCUCUAUGAUCUAUGACCUCCCUUCAGUUUUCACUGUACAUGUACAUACUAGUUUGAGAACUAAUCUGCAAGAAUAUGUCCACUCAGCAUUUCAUGUAUUUUGCUGCAGAUUGAACGUCUUUCAUGAUCAGCUUUCAUGUUUACCCCUUGACCUCCUAUGGGCGCCAACACGUUAACAUUACAGAUAUCUACGUUUAUAAAAGUGGUAAUCCUGUAAGGAAGUUACUAGCUAUCUUCCGGAUAAUCGCAGGGCAUGGCGUCAUUUUUUUUCUUACUCCGGAUUUACUCGUAAAUAACAGUUUGAUAUUGUAAAACAAGCUUUAGACCAUGUACGUAGUACAAUGGACUACCUAGUAUUACAAGGAACUGCUAAUGAUAGCAAUAAGAUUAUGCCUCUAGGCGUUUUAUUGUGUAAUUCACUCAAUACACAAAACAACAAAUUUGUGAGUGUGAAAGUGAUAUUUUGUUUAAAGUUGCAAACGUUGUGGUAAACGUUUUGUGGUAAAUGUUUUUACUUCUGAUACAAGAUAUUGAACUAAGGAAAUACUACUGAUAAAACGAAGCUGCAAAUGAUAUAAUCUACCGGCUUCAAGAUGUUAAACACGCGUGUGGCUUAACUGUGAGUCACUAACUUUUUUAUUUAUACAUUUUACAACCUAUCCUAAAUAUGUAGGAUUAUAAUACUGUGAAUCUAACCUUCCUUUUGCAGCUAGAACGUAAUGUUUCUACCUACUAGUAGGCAUAAAGCAAAAGGGCGUUAUUGUAUACGUAAAGACCAACAACUAUAUGGCCUGAACUGUUGUAAUUGCUAGAUCCUGUAACAUCAUUUUGUAAAUAAUGUUGUUCUUACUUGUCGUUUUACUACAAUCAAUAAAGCAUUGUGAACGCUGUUUUUGCAUUGUUUGCGUUUCAUAUGUCUUAU